UCCUGUCUCGUGAUGGAUCCAAACGCUAGAAGCACUUGCAGUGCCCUACUUCAGCUCCUCUACUUUGAAAAGGUCCGGAAUCCCGAUUCCGCAACAAAAGUUCCCUCCUUGCAAGUUGAUGUACCUGAUGAAGCGCCUGUUCAACGACCCCUGUCCAAUGAGAUCACACCAUCAGUCAUCUGCCUCGACGGUUUGUCAUUGCAAAAUCCGAGUGGAAGGGGUAAAAGGAGUGAGAAAGCUGCUGGACAAAUGAGCGAUCCCCAGUCCACUGUGACAGAGUCCCACGACCGAAAUCCGCCUACCCAUCACACCUUUGUGCGAGCCGAUCAACGUAAACUUACUGGCAGUACGUACUCCUUAGCCAAUAAAGGAGCUGCUAUGAAGUUUCAACCGGCAGCAUUCCCAUGGCUCGGUGGAAGUUGCGCUCAAUUGAACCGACGUUCAGGUGGUGAUCCAAGACACAAUCCAUCACCUAACCUUGCUACAGUCAAUCCUCGACCCGAUUUACAAUCCACUCAACUAUUGCCACGUUUUCAGGGCUCAACAUUAACAAAUGCAGGUAUGCCUUUGCGAGGUGGUGCUCUGACUCCUGCAUGGUCGACAGUUCAUCGCACUCCCAGUGCCGGCCCGAAGCACUGA